GGGAUGUUUGGUGAUGUGGCUCUGCACUGAAAUCCUGGAGACGAAAUUGAUCAAAUAAACCACGCAGCUCUUCCCUGCGCCGAUUAAACAGGUCAGCUAUGUUUAGCCGGCUGACCCAGGGGGUGACCUCCGUCCUUCACGAGCUCUCCGGCGAGGAACGUUCCGAUGGAGACUCCCAGGAUGGUCUGGUCCCUCAACCCCAGCCUGAUGCAGAAACAUCCCUGGAGUGCGCGGGACCCUCAGAAGAGGCCCUGGAGAGACUGGCACAGACAGAGCAGCUGGUGGUUCAACUGAAUGAGUUGAUUCGAGAUAAGGACAUCCAGCUCGCCUGCACUGAGAGACAGCUUAAGGAGGAAAAAGAACAAGCAGAGGUCAAGUUUACAAAGCUUAAACUGCAGGCCAAAGCCAAGAUGGCUGCCCUAAACAAACAGAUCUCUGAGCUGAAAGGACAAGAAGUGUUGAACAGCAGUCAGAAUUCAGAGAGCUCCUUCACGAUGGCUCCCGGAGUGGAGGAGGAACUCCAACAGCUCAGAGAGAAGCUCAGUCAGGCGGAAUCAUCCAACAAGAUCCUUCAGCAGCAGCUCUGGGAAGCUGAACAGCGCGUUAGAGAAGAGGGACACGCAGAGCAGGUGCGUGUCCUGCAGACUGUGGUGAAGGAAAAGGAUGUCCGAUUCCAGGAACAAAUCCUUAAACAUGAACAGGAACUCCUCAGUCUCACUCAGGCCUCAAACAACAGUGAUUUACAGCAGGCUCUGUGUGCAUCCCAACAACGCAUAGAGGAGCUGGAGGAAUCCCUGCGCUCUCGUUCAGAGGUCUUAGAAAUGUUGCAACAGGAGCUCAACAGUGCAGACCAGCAAAAACAGAUUCUGACUGCUCAGUUCAGGCAGAUGGAAUUGGAGUUAGCAGAAGCCCAAAGACUGAGAGAAGAGGAAAGGCAACAGAGGAUCAUGCAAACUGAUGAGGAAAUGCAGGCUCUUAGAACCAGACUGGAUGCAUCAGAUAAUGAGAAAGACCAGACCAUCAAUGCUCUCAAUUCUGAAUUACUGAAAAAGACCACAGAGCUUGAGGAAAUGAGAGCUAAGCUUGAAGAUGAAGAAAGAGAAAAGGUUGAAAGGCUGGAUAAAUUUAGAGAAAUAGAGACUACCUUCAAAACUGAACUGGCCGACAUGCAAGCGUGUUUGGAAGCCAGACUGGAGACAUCUGAGAGUGAAAGAAACCAGACCAUCAAUGCUCUCAACUCUGAAUUACUGAAAAAGACCACAGAGCUAGAUGAAAUGAGAGCUAAACUUGAAGCUGAAGAAAGAGAGAAGAAUGAAGGUCUAGAGAAAUUAAAAGAGAGAGAGACAGAACUGGCCAACAUGCAAUCGUUUUUAGAAGCCAGACUGGAGGAAUCCAAAAAUGAGAGAGAGCAGACCAUUAAUGCUCUCAACGCUGAACUACUAAAAAAGACGACAGAACUAGAUGAAUUGAGGGGACAACUUGCAGCUGAAGAAAGAGAAAGGCUGGAGACAGUACAAGAGCAACAAACAAACUUUGAGACAGAGCUGGCCAACUUGCGCGAAAGUUUGGAAUUUUCAGAGAAACAGAAAGAGGAGAUGACAAAGAAGCUAGAGGUGGAGGUCACAAGUCACCUGGUAGAGCUUCAGCAUCUCCAGGAGAAGCUUGAUGAAGUGGAGAGAGAGAGGGAGGAAGGAUCUAAGAUUGAACGUGAUAAUUUAGCACAGAUGCAAAACGAGCUUGAGUCCUUAAACGAGAGACUGGAUGCAACCAAAGAGGAACAAGAAGCAGGACUCCAAGCAAAAGAUGCACUGGAGAAACUGUGGAGAGGGAUUCAUUCUUUGACGAUUGUUGAGGAAGAAGAGGUGGAAAUAUCUACCCCUACUGAUCCUGCACAGUUCUUAGAGGUGUUACCCACCUUGGAAGCCCAGCUGGGCAAACUUACAGCUGAACAGCAGGAGAGUCAAACACGAAUGUCUCAAAUCACUCUAACUCUACAAUUUUUGCAAGGUCAACUGGAUAAAAGCACAGCUGAAGGAGAGGAAGCAGUUGCUAGGAUACGGGAACUGGAACAACAACUUCUCACUCUUCAGGUUGCUGGUGAGUCAUUAGGAGAUCAUGUGACUGACCUGACUGUGAGGGAUUUGGACAGGGCACACCAGGAUGGCAGUGGAAAUGCAUCUGCAUCACAGACAGAUCAGACUCUGUUUUUGGAGCAGCAGAUUGCGGACAGGGAAAGGGAGCUUUAUGAUCUUAAAGAAAAACUGUUGCUCACCACUGACCAAACUCUGAAAAUGCCAGAUUUGGAAAGUGCUGACAUUGUAAGCACUUUGCACGACAACUCUACAGCUCUAUAUGAGGUUCUCGAGGACACACCAGAGGAAGAGACGACACUUGUUGCAGUGGACACCUCUGCUCUGUCUAUCUCUGCUGGCAAUGAGAGUAGCCCUGAGCUUAUAGUACCACAGCUUGAGUCCCCUGGAGAAUCAAAGGGUACUUCCUCAGAUGAAAUGGUGACUAGCAGUGAUUCAGAAGUAGCACAUAGCAGCUGGACUCUUUUGGAAGCAGUAAACCAAGACAGCCCUCAAGAGUGGCCUCCCCAAGUUCAGGAUUUUGCCUCAUUACGCUUAACAACUCAAUCUUGGGAGGAGACUUGUGAAGAGCAGGUCACAUCAACCAGCUGUAUAGUUGAUAUUGAGUCACCAUCUUUAGUUAUCCAUGAAAAUGUACAGGUACAUCUUGGCCAGCAGGAGGGAAGUCUGCUAAAUUCUGAUUCAGGCACUGGUCAGGAUUUUGCACAGAUAUUAGCAGAAGAGAUUCAGAAAAGAUACAGUGAAAUUCUGGGAGAGCUUCAGCAGCUGAGAGUAUCAUCCUUACAAUCCCAGGAGAAAGUCAACCAGCUGGAGGAAGAAUUGAAGUCAGUGAAAAUGAACAGCAAUGAGGCUGAAACAAGGGCAAACAUCUGUGAAAAAGAGCUGAUGGAAGCUAAGGCAUUGAUCCAGCAAAAAAAAGUAGAUGCACAAAGUGUCACUCUGCAGUUUGAGAACUUACAAGAAGAGGUUCGCUACAAAGAUGAGAAGAUGCAAGUCUUACAGGUAGACCUAGAUGAAGCCCAGCGAAGUCUUGUUGAACAAGAGGGACAAGCUAGAAUGCUGGCUGCUCAACUGGAGGACAGAGAGCUCACCUCCUCCAAACUGGAACAGAAGCUCUUGGAUAUGGAGGGCAGGUUACUGCAGAUCUCUCAGGAGGCCGACAUGACCAAAGCUUCACUCAUUGACAGGACUGCAGAGCUGGAAGACCUACAAAAGUGUCUUUCACAGAAAGACCAGGAAUUGAUGGAGCUUAAUGAUAGCAUGACUGCCAAACUACUCCAGGCUGGAGAGGAAAAGUUUGCGAUAUCUAAUGAAGUCAAAAAGCUAAAAGUGCAAAUGUCUGAACUUGAGAGGGCCUGGGAUGAGCAGCAUAAAAGCAAAGAUGAUAAAACAGCAGAAAGUGAGGAGCUUUUUGCUUUACGAAAGGAGAAAGAAGACAUGGUUGCUCAGAUGGAUGCUUUAAAGAAAGAUGGAGAGCAGGUAAAGAAAAAGCUGCAGGCAGCUCUGAUACAGCGGAAGGAAUUGAUGAAAAAAGUAGCAGAGUUUAAGAAGGAGGCUGAGAGCAGGGAAGAAAAGGAAAGUGAUGAUAAUGAGGGUAUGACUCUUCAGUUCAAAUAUGAAAUUAAGGAAAAAGAGCAGGAAAUACAGAAGCUUGAAGCAUUGUUGCAAGAGACCAGAGAAGUCUUGAAUUCAAAGGAUGAGACCUUGGUGCAUUUGGAACAAAAAAUCAACAACCAAGAGCAAGCAUUGUCUGAGACACAUGCAGAAAUACAGCGUCUGACAGAGCAGUAUGUUAAAAUGAAUGAACAACAAAUGUUGCAGGCAGAUGAGGACAAAAAAAGACUUCUUUCACAGAUAACAUCCAUGAAAUCUGACAUUGAAACUUUGCAGAGAAAGCUCCAGGAAGCUACUGAUGCCAAUGAAGAUGCUAUUGUGAAAGAUUGCCAUCAUCUCGAGCAGAUGAAACAGCAGAAAGAAGAGUACAGUGUCCUUCUUGAGCGCUUCCAAACUGAAGAGGGAGAGAAAUCUGAGUUGUUGAAUCGUAUUAAGGAACUAGAGGGUCUUAUAGAAUCAAAGACUGCUGUAGAUAAAGUGGUGAGUGUGGAUGUACAGGGAAAUGUUGGGUCUACCUUACAGAAUCUAGAAAAAACAGAGACAAACGAUUGGGUUCAAGAGGAUUGGGUGGAUUUCUCUUCAGCUGAGACAGAAACACAUCAGCAGCACAAAUCUGGUCAGCAGCUUCCACAGAUGAGAGAUCAAGAUGAAAUUAUUAAUGCUGUCCAGGAGGAGAUUAAAGCUGAGCAAGCUGACCAUGUGGACUUAGAGCUACGGCUACAAGAAAGCCAGGCCUCCCAGUCAAAUGUAGAUAUCAAGUUCCAAGAACUUUGUAAGGAACUUGAAGGUUUGAGGGAAAAGGAGAGGCAGAUUGAUGCUCUCACCAAGGAGAUGGAGGCUCUUAGAGAGAAGUGUCAGAGAGCAGAAUCUCAUACAGAAAUGCUGAAAGGAGAGGUAGAUGAGGCUUGGAAAGCAGCUAAAAGAAGCAUCUCAAAUGCUGAGUCCCCCAUCAGAGCUCUUCAGUCAGAAGUGGAGGAAUUUCAACAGUUUCUGAAAAACAAGAAUGAUGAGAUUGUUGAUCUAAGUCAACAGUUGAGUGAACAAAGGUCCCUUUUACUUAAGAUGCAGGAAACUGUAUCAGAGAAAGAUCAGCAGAUUGCUUCCUUACAAGAAGGACUUAAAGCUGAGCAAGAUAGGAUUCAAAAACUUGAAGCAGAAAUACCACAACGAGAGGAAGAAGAGAAGGGUAACAAUGCCAAACUACAGCAGCUUCAGCGCAAACUGCAGGCCGCUCUUGUGUCACGCAAGGAGGCUCUCAAAGAGAACCAGGCCCUCAAGGAAAAACACACUGCUGCUGAAAAGGUUAAAUUAGAGCUACAACAGAAGCUUGAGUUUGCGGAAAUGGAGCUGAACAAAUCAAGAGAAGAAAAGGAGAAGUUAAUUGAGGAGGUGAGUCGAACUUUAUUGGAAAAUCAGAGUCUAAGUGCCUCCUGUGAGAGUCUUAAACUUGCUAUGGAGGGUGUUUUGAAUGAGAAGGAUGCAUACAAACAUCAAGCUGAGAGUGCCAAAGAGGAAGCCAAACAAAUGUGCAAACAGCUGGAAGAAAAAGUGCAAAACAUGAAAGAGGAGUAUGAGACCCUCCUCAAAUCAUAUGAGAAUGUGAGUGAUGAGGCUGAACGAGUGAGACGAGUGCUUGAAGCUGCUCGACAGGAGAGGCAAGAGUUGGCAACCAAGGCACGAGCUCAUGAGACAGCCAGACAAGAGGCAGAGAGACUAGCAGAGGAAGCUAUGAAGGAGGUGGAUGUUAUGAAAGAGAAAAUGAGGAAGUUUGCCAAGGUCAAGCAUCAGAAAAUUAUGGAUCUAGAGGAGGAGAAUGAAAGGCUUAGGGAGCAAGAGGAGAAGAAAGGGGCCAGACAUGCAGAAACUGAGUUUAAACAAGCGCUGGAGAGAGUCAAAGAAGAGUUUGAGACCUUAAAGGCAAAUUACAAUACUGUAAUAGAUGAGAAAAACUCUUUGGAACAGCACGCUGAGGAGUUGAGAAACCGUUUGGCUAAAGAAAUGGACAGAAAAGACAGUGAAACUCUGGGUGCAAGCUCCAUAGAGACUUUAACAGAUGUUAGAGUCAUCACACGGCAGAGAAGUCCAGAUUUAAUUGAAAACCAACAGUACCUGGGCAAUACUAGUUCCCCAGAGUCUAAUCUACAACUACAGCCAGAAGAAUCCAUUUCUGCUGUACUUGAUCAUGAAGUAACGGAAGUGCAAGCAAAUAUUGAAAUGAUUUCCCAAGCAGAGGAAAGGCUCAGGGAACUGGAGACCUCUCUCGAAACAGCAGAAUGUAAGAUAAGAGAACUUGAAUCUGCUCUUGAGGAUCAGAAGGAAUCCAGAAACAAGCAAGAAUCCAUGCUUAAAUCAGAAUUAGCUUCCCUCAAGCAACAAAUUCUGGAGACUUUAGAAAGAGAGGCAAUCCAGAAAGAAGAGAUCUCAAAGAAAGAGAACCAACUUCAGGAACUGCGCACCAGUCUAGAGGCUGAAAGGGAUGACUUGGAGGAACGGUUGAUGAACCAACUGGCCCAGCUUAAUGGCAGCAUUGCAGGCUACCAGCAAGAGGCAGCUGACAGUCGUGAUCGCCUCACAGACAUGCAGGGGGAACUAGAGAAAUUGGAGCGAGAGCGAGCUGAGCUGGAGGCUGAGGUGACAGGUGAGAGGGACCGGACAGCCAGGAUAGAAGAGGACAUGAGGCAGGCCCAAAGAAAGAGAGCUGAGGCAGAGGCUGAGGCAGGCAAACAGAGAGAGCUGGAGCAAAAGUUGAAAUCAGCACAGAGGUUUAAAGAAGGUUGUCAAAACAGAACACGUCAGCUCGAGGAACUGCUAAGAGAGAAGCAGCUGGAAGUCCGUCAGCUGCAGAAAGACUGCAUUGAGUACCAGGAAAGAAUCAGCGAACUGGGUAAAGAAGUUAAGUCAUUGCUGUUGGGUAGAGAUGAGGUGCAGGGUGAACUUGAGGCAACGCGCUUGGAAGUCGCAAAGAUUAUGCAAGAGAGAACAAGUGUUGAAUCUGAGCUAUCAGAAUGUAAAGGGAAACUGGACAUGGCACUGGAGGCGGCGAAGCAGGCCCAGGCAGGCAAACUGGCAGCUGAACAAAAGGCACAACAACAAGAGGCUGACUUGAAAGCAGAUGCGGAGCGUACCCUGGAUGAAGUCAGGUAUCGGCUUGGAGCAGAGCUUAAGCAGAUGGAACUGAGACUAGAAAAAGCCUACAGGGAACGGGAGAAGGAGGAAGAGGCAACUCUGGAGGCAAGGAGUGUUACUGAGGCUGCAGACAGGCAUGCCCAGAAAAUGCAGGCCCGUCUGGAUGAAGCGCUGGCUCGGUUGGCUGCCUUCUCGCGCUCCAUGUCCUCUCUGCAGGAUGAUCGUGAUCGAGUGCUGGAUGAAGCAAAGCAAUGGGAGAAUCGCUUUCAUAGCGAACUACAGGAAAAAGAGGCUGAUGUUCGGGAAGCUGAGACUCGUGCUAAAGAACUCGCUGAAAAACUGCAGAAAGAGAUGUCCCAAAAAGACGAACUGCAGAGUUUAGUGGAAAGGAUGCAGAAAGCAGAAGAGAACCUACAGCUACAACUUGCUGAGGUGGAAAAUAAACAUAGUGAAAGCCUUGCAGCUCUUGAGAAAGAAAAAGAAGACUUACAGCAAAAGCUUACUCAGGUAGAGAACAACCUGGCCCAAACUCGCUCCCAGCUGACCUCCCUGGAGACAGAAGCAGAGGGACUCCGCCACCGUGCUAAAGCUCUAGAAGACACAGUAGUCAAGCUUCAGAGUGAGAUUAAUGAGGCACAUACAGCGAUUAAGGAAAGAGAGACAGAGGAAAGGAGACUAUGCUUGAGGCUGGAGCAACUGGAGACAGACCUGGGCUCUUCAAAGAACCUUACCGAAACCCUUCAGGUAGCUUUGGAUGAGAAGGAAAAAAGAGAAUUGGAGCUCCUUGGUGAGAAAGAGCAAGCUGUGACACAGGCUGUAGAGGAGGCCAGGAAAGAUGCAGAUGAAAGGGCAGACAUGGCAGAGAAAGAGCUGGAGGAGAGGAGAGUGGAGUUGCGUGGUUUAGAGGAGAGACUUCGUAAAGCUGAGGAGAAUGCCUUCCAGAGCAGAGCUCAAUUGGAGUCUUUCACCAAGGCUAUGGGCUCCCUGCAGGAUGAUAGAGACAGGGUGCUCAGCCAAUACAAACAGCUAGAGGAACGACACCUCCAAGUUAUGAUGGAGAAGGACAACCUUAUCCAGGAGGUUGCAGGUGAGAAUAACGGGCUAAAGGAGGAGCUUCGAGUCCUGUUGUCACAGCGGGAUGACCUCAAUGCUGAGAAUGCCAAGCUGGCUGCCCAGCUUCAUGGCUACAGAAAUGACCUGAACCAGGUUCUUGCCAUGAAGGACUCCCAACACAAGCAAAUUCUUGCUGCCCAAGCAGAGCACAUCAGUGUCCUGGAAAGAGAGAAGGAAGAACUCAAGAUCCAUAUUCAGGCUCUGGAAACAGAUCUUGUGCAAGGAAAGAUUUCUCCACUGGAGAAGGAAAACUUGAGCCAGGCCAGUGAUGGAAGUGUUAGGGUAGAUAAUAGUGAUGCACCAGGGACAGAGGUGGAGAAGCUGAGGGAGCAGUUCGAGGCUGCUAUGAAGCGCAUCACCACCUUGGAAGAGACCUUGGAAUUGGAGAGGGAAGCCCAGGUAGCCCACAGCAAAGAGCUGAAGAAGCUGCAUUGGGAGGGCGGUGUUCUGCGAACUGAGGCUGAAACAGCCGAGGAGAGGGUGGCGGAGCUGGCACGCGACCUGUUGGUGAUGGAGCAGCAGCUUCUAGAGGAGAGGGAGGCAGCUGCACAGCUUCGAGCUCAGAACCAGUCCUUUGGUCAAGCCAUGGCCUCUCUGCAGGCCACAAGAGAUCAGGCUGUCAGUGAGGCCAAGGAGCUGCGGCUACGUUUAGAUGAACAUAACCGGACAAGUCACUCACCAUCUCUCCCAAGUGGCUCUAAAGGCGAAGUGUGGAGUCUCAAAAAUGCCCUAUCAGCACUUCAGAAUGAUAGAGAGAGAAUGCUGGAACAGCUACAGUUGCAGAGGUCUGAAUUAGACCGGCUCGGAUCAGGUGAACUGGCCCAGCUCACUCAGGCUCUGGAGGAAGAGAGGAGAAGGACAGGAGAAAGAGAGAAGAUCAUGGCCCAGAUGGAGAGAGACAAGCAAGAACUAGAGAUGCUCAGGCUGGAGAGGAUGGACUGGCAGGGCCAGGCCGAACUCCUGAAGCAGCAGACCCUGACCACCCUUUCAGACCGGGACCAACAGGUGCGCCAGCUUACUGCCAUGCUGGAGGAAGCACGGGCAUCAAAACUACGGCACGAGCACACUCAAAGACAGGGAAACCUUGCAGUAGAUGCUGCCCCUGGUGGCCCUCUUGAGCACAGUGAGGGAUAUAAAGCCGAGUGCAUUGAACUCCAGAGAAGGCUGGAUGAGGAGACAGAACAGAGACUCAGGGUAGAGGAGCAGCUCAUUGCCACACAGGAUCACCUCAAACGUUAUACGCAGGGAGAGUGGCAGACAGCAUCUGAAGCGAAGAUGUCGGAGACUGCUGUCCUUAUUGAGCCACCAGAGGGCGCCAUUACAAGGACUCGAAGUGGUGGACCUGGGCUGCUGCGGAUGCUGCGAGUCGCAUUCUGUUCUCGCCAGCGCACCCCUCUGCUGGUGUCACUGUACCUGCUAACUGUUCACGUGCUGCUGCUGUUAUGCAUGGGAGGAUAUCUGUGAAAGAGACCCAGAACACAAUACUGAGAAAGACAGAGCACGCCUUACUGAAAGAGAGACAGUUACAUACUCAUUGGUUUAUUAUACAAAUCAAAUUGACACAUAAAUUAACACAGGGUUAAUUUACGUUUUUGUUUUCUUGCUUAUUUACCAAAGUUACAUCUAAUCUGUUUGUUUUUGUCAGAAUGCUCUUUGCCAAAAUCAGCUCCACCCUGUUUUACAGAGAUAGUAUCACCUAAAAAUGAAAAUUCUCUCAUCAUUUACUUGCCCUCAUGCCAUCCCAGAUGUGUAAGGCUUACUUUCUUCUGCAGAACACAAAGAUAUCUCAGCUCUGUUUGUCAAUACAAUGAAAGUAAGUGGUGACAAAACCUCCAAAAAGCACAUUAAGGCUGCAUAAAAGUAAUCCAUACGACUCCAGUGGUUUAAUCCAUGUCUUCUGAAGCAAUAUGAUAAGCGUGGGUUAGAAACAGAACAAUAUCCAAGUCCCUUUUUACUAUAAAUCUCCACUUUCACCAGCUCUCCAAUGCGUGUUCAUGAGAGUACGGAACUGUUCUUCUGUGCAUUCUUGAAGCAUACCGCCACCUACUGAGCAGGGAGAUGAAAGAAGAAAAAAGGGAGGGAUAAAGCAAUGGAAAAGAAUAAAUAAAUAAUAUUUUCACAACAGCCCAGUAGGUGGCGAUACGCAUGAAGAAUGCAAAUCAGCAAAAAAACAACAAAGAAGAACUCUUGUGAAAGUGCAUAGGAGGACUGUUUGAAAAUAGAUUAUAGUUAAAAAAAAAAUUAAAAAAAAAUAGGGCUUUAAUAUUGAUCUGUUUCUCACUCACACCUAUCAUAUCACUUCUGAAGUCAUGGAUUUAAAAACUGGAGUCCUUUUAUGCUGCCUUGACAUGCUUUUUGGAGCUUAAAAGUUUUGGUCACUAUUUGCAUUGUAUGGACCUACAGAGCUGAGAUAUUCUUCUAAAAAUCUUCAUUUGUGUUCUACAGAAGAAAGAAAGUCACGCAUCUGGGAUGGCAUGAGGGUGAGUAAAUAAUGAGAGAAUUUUCUUUUUUGGGUGAACUAUCCCUUUAGUGGGGCUUGUUCAUACCAGUAACACUAGAGCACUAGUUGCUAUCUCAUGAACGAAGGACUUGUUUUAUGCAUCUUCAAAUGUAAUUUAAAAAAUGUAAAUUGAGUUGACACUGUACAGGGUCUAUAUAUUUGUUUCUUUACAUAUUAGGAUCGCGGGUCUUUCAUUUUGUCUUUAUGCACGAUUGUGUAAAGUUAGGCAUAAGACUGUUUCAACCACAUUCCGACUUCCUGUAAUCUGUUUACUUGUAAUCUGCCUGUUUAUGCAUUCAUAAAAUGGAAACAUUCAGAUGAAAUGUAAUGGCAUAUGAUGCGGAUGCUGCAUGUCUGUACUAGGCGAGACCCGUCGGCAGUCUUCGCAGCUGUCCCAGUGUGCUACAUAAAUCAAGACUCCUGGCGGUGGCCAAUACCCCGGUGGCAAAUUCUUCAUUGUUGCCACUGGUUUGCCAUAGAAGUGUUUACCAGUAUUGGCAAAUUGUCCAUUGUUGCCAAAGGUUUGCCACAAGUUCACCACUACCGGUGAAGAUCUGUAAACUUCCGGCAAUAAUUUGCAGCAAAAUACAAGAUAAUUUGCAUGUAAAAUUAAAGAUCAGCAAGUUUGCCAGAACUCUAGAUUUGUGUAAGGGUGUUUAUCCAUUUUAUGGCUGACUCAUUUGCCAACUUGGUGCAAUACUGUCAUUUUUCUUUGUUUUCUUUGUUGUUGUUUUGUGUCCUUUAAUGCAUCAUGCUUGGUCCAUCUCUGGACUACUAUUCCAUUUAUUUCCCCUUCUGUGGCUUAAAUAGCUUGAACUUGGAUCAUUUUAUUACCAGUUUGUUUAAAUAUUUUGACUGUUUCAGUUCUUAGAUACUGUAUGCUUCAUAAAGUCAUUAAUGCUCAGCUUUCAUAGCAGUUUUCUGAGCCAGAGCCGAAAGACUUCCUGUUCACACUCUGAUCUCAUAGGGCUGCAGUAGAUUGUGGUUCAAAUAUUGUCUCUAUUAACAGUGAGAUUUUAAGCACAGCCCAGUCAGUGUUUUAUCUAUGUAA